GCAGCAGCCGGCGAGCGGCCGCCUCCCGCAGCAGCAACAGCGCCUCCGCCUCCGCUCCGCGCACGCGCUCGCCCGGCCCGAGUGCGGCUGCCCGCGGCUCUCCUGCCCCCAGCCCGGGCUCCAGUGGGGAGGCACCGCAGCCGCCCGGCGCGGCCCGGCAGGAGAAGGGAGGAAGGAGCGAGCCGGAGGCUGCUGGCCGCCGGGGAAGGGGCGGGACGGGACAGGCUCCUGCCGCCUCUCGCCUGCCCUGAACAGCGGCCGUGAGACAGGGGGGAGCCCGGCGCCGCGGCUGUUGGGAAGAAACAGAUACUAUUGCUGAUUUGAAAUACUGGGGAGGUGUUCGGAUACUACAUUGAAGGGGAGCAACAUAUAGGCACGUAGGUACAUAGGACCUGAUCCUGCAUGGUUCUGUGCAGCCACAACUUAUGAGAACUCACAGCACCACUCUGGAUCAGAACACACCUAUAUUUCCAAGGUGUGGCAGAAAAUGUCAGUCAGCAUGCAUGAGAAUCGCAAGUCUAGAGCCAGCACUGGCUCUAUAAACAUAUACUUAUUCCAUAAAUCAUCAUAUGCUGAUAGCGUCCUUACUCACCUGAACCUUCUGCGCCAACAAAGGCUUUUUACAGAUGUACUUCUCCAUGCUGGCAACAGGUCAUUCCCUUGCCACAGAGCUGUCCUAGCUGCAUGUAGUCGCUAUUUUGAAGCAAUGUUCAGCGGUGGACUUAAAGAGAGCCAGGCUAGUGAAGUCAAUUUUCAUAAUUCUAUUCAUCCAGAAGUUUUAGAACUUCUGCUGGACUAUGCGUACUCCUCCAGAGUUAUCAUCAAUGAAGAGAAUGCAGAGUCCCUGCUAGAGGCUGGAGACAUGCUAGAAUUCCAGGAUAUCAGAGAUGCUUGUGCAGAGUUUCUGGAGAAGAACCUUCAUCCCACCAACUGCCUUGGCAUGCUGCUGCUGUCAGAUGCUCACCAGUGCACCAAGCUUUAUGAACUCUCUUGGACGAUGUGUCUUAGCAACUUCCAAACCAUCAGUAAAAGUGAAGAUUUUCUCCAGCUGCCAAAAGACAUGGUUGUGCAGCUCCUUUCCAGUGAAGAACUAGAAACUGAAGAUGAAAGAUUAGUAUAUGAGUCAGCUAUUAACUGGGUUAACUAUGAUCUGAAUAAGCGCCACUGUUAUCUCCCUGAACUAUUGAAAACUGUGAGACUGGCUCUCUUGCCAGCCAUCUACCUUAUGGAGAAUGUAGCCAUGGAAGAACUUAUCACUAAGCAAAGGAAAAGCAAAGAUAUAGUAGAAGAAGCAAUAAGAUGCAAGCUAAAGAUCUUACAGAAUGAUGGUGUGGUCACCAGUUUGUGUGCCAGACCUCGUAAAACUGGCCAUGCACUGUUUCUUCUGGGGGGCCAAACCUUUAUGUGUGACAAGCUGUAUCUGGUGGACCAAAAGGCAAAAGAGAUCAUUCCAAAGGCUGACAUCCCAAGUCCACGGAAAGAGUUCAGUGCUUGUGCUAUUGGCUGCAAAGUGUAUAUCACUGGAGGUCGGGGAUCAGAAAACGGAGUCUCCAAAGAUGUUUGGGUGUAUGACACUCUUCAUGAGGAGUGGUCAAAGGCUGCCCCCAUGCUGGUAGCUAGGUUUGGGCAUGGUUCUGCUGAACUCAAACACUGUUUGUAUGUAGUAGGAGGACACACAGCAGCAACUGGUUGCCUUCCAGCUUCCCCUUCAGUAUCCUUAAAGCAAGUAGAACAGUAUGACCCUGUGACCAACAAAUGGACAAUGGUUGCACCACUUCGAGAAGGAGUAAGCAAUGCAGCUGUAGUUAGUGCAAAGCUUAAGCUAUUUGCUUUUGGUGGCACCAGUGUUAGCCAUGACAAGCUGCCCAAAGUUCAAUGUUACGAUCAAUGUGAAAAUAGAUGGACAGUACCAGCCACCUGCCCCCAGCCCUGGCGCUACACAGCUGCAGCUGUUUUGGGUAACCAGAUUUUUAUUAUGGGUGGAGAUACUGAAUUCUCUGCAUGCUCAGCUUAUAAAUUCAACAGUGAAACAUACCAGUGGACUAAGGUGGGAGAUGUGACAGCUAAGCGAAUGAGCUGCCAUGCAGUAGCAUCUGGAAACAAACUAUAUGUAGUGGGAGGCUAUUUUGGGAUUCAAAGAUGCAAAACAUUGGACUGCUAUGAUCCCACAUUAGAUGUAUGGAACAGCAUAACCACAGUGCCCUAUUCACUAAUUCCCACAGCAUUUGUCAGCACAUGGAAACACCUCCCCUCAUAACUGUGUGUGUGUUGCGAUUGCAGCUUGCCAGUUUGCUCUGUUAGUUGGAGAAGAGACUUGGAAUCUCAGCUACGGAGAAAUGGUUUUAAUGAAGAAAAAUUGUUCAGAGUCUUUGAGUUUGAAGAAAAAUAUCUGCACCUUGUAAAUUAUCUAACCUGGACAUGAAGGAAUGGGAGGAAAAAACUGUCUUUGGUGCAUCAGCACAUGGUUUAAAUAUGAAAGAAUGAACCUAUGGUCUGAUUCCUUGCACUAGUAAUAGUGGAUUAAUGUCAGUGUUAAUCAGACCUUAAAGGGAGGGGAUGGGGAAAAGGAAAAACAAAAAAAGUCCAGAACUUUCCAAAACUGCAACCUACAACUCUUGAUUUUCAUGGACUCCAUUGUGUGUGUGUGUGAAAUUUGAAAUGGUUGUCACCUCUCCCUGUGACAGUUUGACGUGUCGGCACCAGCUGCCAGGGAAGCAGGCCAGGUCUGAAACAGUGAGAUGUCGCGUGAAUGAAGAUACAGCUGUGUCACUGCAGAGUACUGCUGCAGGAAUGAACUUGUUUAUAGGCAGUGUCUGAAGAAUCCAUUCGAUUGUCCUAUCUGCAGUGAGUGACCCUUCAUUGGCUAAGGAACAGCACAAUUAAAAAAUAAAAGGUUUUUGCAAUAGUGGGGGAACUAAAAAGAACUCAUUUUCCCCAAAUGUUUUCUUUCCCUUCCUCCCUGUAUUUAUAGGUGACUUAAACUGUCCCAUUCCUGUUAUGUUACUUGUAGAUGUAGCUAUUUAUUGUUCAGUGCUUGCAUGCUGAAACAAUGCCUGCAGUUGUCUUCAUGUUGUAAGGAUUUGUGUGAUUUGUUGUUUGUUUUGCACAUUUUGUGGUCUCUGACUCACUCUGCUGCACACAAAAAAGAAAACUGUUGAAUAAUAGUUGGAGGUGGGAGCGAGUGAUGGGAUGGCUUCCUCAGUCAGAAAUGGAAGGAUUACAAGGCAGGAUCUUAAAUUACACACAUACUAAAGGAAGAAGCCAUGGAGGUCACUUUCUCAGGCCACCAACUCCCCAGGUUAGAUGUGGUUUAUCCUGUAGAUAGCGUCCCUGCUCCUUUUCAUUGGCCAGUUUAUGCCUUUCUAUUUCUUAUCUGGAACUAGCCAAAACUAUAGACAGCUUUCUCUUUGUGCAGCUUCUCAAUUACCUAGAAGAUGCUGUGGGAUGGUUUCUGUACAAAGAGCCCCAAGAAAGGCAUUGGCCAAAAAGUUAUUUAUUUAUUUAUUUAUGAGUUUAGACUAUGGGACGUUUACCAUAACUACAUUUACCUGACUGAGUGGAGUCUGGCUGACUCACAAAAACAGAAUAGAUUAGUAGUGAACUAGUUAAAAAACAAAACAAAAAACCAACAACUUGCACUGACAGGAUUGGCUCCUCUCUCUGCACGGAAGUGGGAUGAAUGAGUGCCAUGGUGUCAAAGACCCGAAAGGUGUGGCACAAUUGUUACGAUGAAGCAUGAAAAAUUGCAGAACUAGAACUUAAAAAUAAUCCUCAAACUCUGCUGCAUCUUUUAUUUUCACACAGCCCAGAGAUGAGUCUUCAGACACUUUGGUAUUGAGAAAUGUCAAAUAUAAUCAUGAUAAACCAAAGGAUUAAAAAAAGAAUGCCCAUUUUAUUUGCUCAGUCUAGUCUUGAGUCGGGUAUGAACCCAUUCAUUUCUUCUUCUGUUUCACAGGUGCUUUCCUUGCCAGAUUUCACUGUGAAGCACAUGUUGUGUUUUUCAUAAGUCUGUUGAGCCCAACAUAAUAAUGAUGUGGUCAGCAACAUGGUGGUAGUAUUCUGCUGCAGCAUAAGUAAAAGAUUCUUAGUUGCAUGCAUGCAAAAACAAAAGUGAUAAUGUUGAUGUUUGCAUUUCUCUCUAUGAUGGUGAAGUCACUGUGCUCUUGAAGCUUACCAUCUGAAAAUGCGUACAGUGAUCACCCUUAAAUUUUUCUCACAAGGGAAGAAUUUUUAAACGGCGACCCAAGGUUUGACAUGAACAGGACUCCAUAACUGUGUAGUAAAUGAGUUACAGCUGUAGUUCCACUAGGUUAGGUUGAGCUGUUGAAGUGUUAAAACAUCAGUCCCCUUCUUCUACAUGGCUUUAAACGAUAGACAUGCUUCUUAGGUAGAGCACCUUCCUAUAAGCCCGAGUUGCCCCAGUAAAGUAAAUGGGCUGGAUUCUCCAUUGCCUUGUAGGUUGGAUAGUUAUUCACACCUGUGCAAUGUGGGUGUAAAAUGCUCCCAAAUCCAAAUAGUCACGUUUUACCUCCUCCUCGCACGGGCGUCUGUGGCUACACAAGUUACAGGGAAGUGAACUGUUGGGUCCAAUGAGACGACUCAUUUGACUAAAGGUAUAUCUGAUCAAGCCCUCCGUUUUCUUUAUUGAACGAAGGGAUAUAUAUAGUUCUGUCUUGAAGCCGCACCGUACAUUGCUAUUUAGCUUCUGACAAAAAUCUGUUUUCUAAUACCAUGUAACUUCUGAAAGUGGGAUGAAUUUUCUGCAGCUGUUUUCAAAGUUGUGGUGUGCUUUCAACUGCUUGAUUAAUUCCUCUGUGUAGGCUGAAGGAAACUGAAGUCAGGGUGGGCCUCAGGCCCUGCAGGGAAUAUUCUGGGCUUCUGCUCUUUGAAUUGAUGUGGGAAUUCUGGCUUACUACUUGACCAUUCCAGUCGUGCAAAACAUCCCACACUUUGAAGCAAAUGCAAUUCACAGCAGAGUGCACACAAAAACCUUGGCAUAGGACGGGAAGGUUCUUCUUAUUUUGUAGGCUGGUUGCUGUAGAAACUUAUAACAAAGGACAGCCUUCCACUUCUGGUAUAAUUGUGUAGACCCUUUUCUCUAGGCCUGACACCUGUCUAAUAAGAGUGAUUAGAGCUGAAUAAUGCCCCUUCCCUGACUAUUGAAGUUGUGGUUCACAUACUAACGGAAAACUGUACAAGUGAAGAAGGAAAAUGUCUAUGUUCUGUCUCUGUUUGCUACUAUAUUUUAAGGUUUUGUAAAACUGCAUUUUUUUUUUUCACAAUGUGAAACUGAAGGUCAAUAAAUUAUUAGAGAUUUUCUCUUCAA